AUGGCUCACACGAAUCAAUCAAAUGUGUCUGAGUUUGUGCUUCUGGGACUGUCCAAUUCUUGGGGACUUCAGCUGUUACUUUUUGUCAUCUUCUCUAUGGUUUAUGCGAUGUCAGUCCUAGGCAAUGUAAUGAUCAUUGUCAUCAUUUACUCUGACUCCCAUUUGAACUCACCUAUGUAUUUCCUGAUCAGUAACCUUUCUUUCAUUGAUAUCUGCCAAUCUAACUCUGCUACUCCUAAGAUGCUUGUGGACUUUUUUGCUGAACACAAGACCAUCUCAUUUGAGGGUUGCAUGGCCCAGAUAUUCCUACUUCAUAAUUUUGUUGGGAGUGAGAUGAUGUUGCUGGUAGCUAUGGGAUAUGACAGAUUUAUAGCAAUUUGUAAGCCACUACAUUACAGUAGAAUUAUGAACCGGAGGCUUUGUGUGAUAUUUGUGUCUGUUUCAUGGGCUGUUGGUAUUCUUCAUUCUGUGAGUCACUUGGUUUUUACAGUGGAUCUGCCAUUCUGUGGUCCCAAUGAGGUAGAUAGCUUCUAUUGUGACCUCCCUCUGGUGAUAAAGCUGGCUUGCAUGGAUACAUACAGCGUGGAAAUUAUGACUCUGACUAAUAGUGGAUUGAUAUCUCUGAGUUGUUUUCUGGUUUUAAUUAUUUCCUAUGUCAUCAUUUUAAUAACUGUCCUGAACAGGUCCUCCAGUGGGUCAUCCAAAGCCCUUUCUACAUUAACUGCCCAUAUUACAGUUGUGAUUCUCUUCUUUGGGCCUUGCCUUUAUUUCUAUAUAUGGCCUUUUAGUAGACUUUCUGUAGAUAAAUUCAUUUCUGUCUUCUACACUAUUUGUACACCUGUACUGAAUCCCAUCAUCUACUCCCUAAGGAAUGAAGAUGUCAAAUCAGCCAUGAGGAAGUUGAGAAGCAGUCAUGUCAACUCUUGUAAAAACUAA